AUGCAUUCAAGAUUACUCACCGGACUGCUAGCUGUUUGCUUUAUUGGCCGUACACCAGUUCUAAGGGCGCCUCAUAGCUUGAUACUUUCUAAAAGGCUAGUAGAAAAAUCAAAUAUAAUAAAUUAUAAUUCAAACCAUCGUAUUUUCUCGACAUCCACACGAAACAACAUGUUCAAGGAGAUUCUAAAGAAACCAUGCGCACAGGUUAUACCUGUACCGGUGCUCACGGACAAUUACGCAUACUUGCUUAUUGACCCCAAAAGUGAUACUGCCAUUUGUGUGGACCCAGCAGAACCUCGAAAAGUUCUAUCGGCAAGCACUAAUAAUGGGUUAACCAUAUCGGCCGCAUUCUGCACUCACAAACAUUAUGACCACAGCGGAGGAAAUGCAGAAAUACAAAGAAUGGUACCUGGAAUAGCUGUAUACGGAUCCUCCUAUGAAGCUAUGCCAGGUCUAACUGCCGGGGUUAUGGAUGGUGAAGUUAUACAUAUUGGCAGUUUGGAGGUAACAUGCAUUCGUGCCGCUUGCCACACCGUAGGACAUAUGAUGUACUACGUCACUAACCCUUCCGAACCCAACUCGCAACCACUGAUUUUCACUGGAGAUACUAUAUUUAUUGCCGGAUGUGGACGUUUCUUCGAGGGAUCUGCCUCUAUGAUGAUGGACAUUAUCACCAAGUUACGAAAACUACCCAAGGACACUCUUAUAUACUGUGGACACGAAUACACGGUCAAAAACUUAGAGUUUGCUAGGACAGUGGAUGGAUCUGAUGCCGUAAUAAGAAAACUCGAAUGGGCUAAGCAAGUCAGGUCACAGGGAUUACCCACAGUACCGUCUACAUUAGCCGAUGAAAUGGAAUAUAACCCGUUCAUGCGUGCUGCCAUUUUGAAAGAAAAGGUUGGAGAAACUACCGAAGAGGGCGCUAUGAGCAAGCUGCGCAGCAUGAAGGACCGCUUUUGA